GCGCACUGAGACUGUGGCCAUGGAGGAAAGCAGUGGCUUCCGGAAGGAACUGGUGAGCAGACUACUCCAUUUGCACUUCCGAGAUCCCAAGACUAGAGGUUUGAGGCCCCAGUGGGGUGGGGAAGAAUGGGGCACAGGGAGGGAGGGGCGGGGGAGGCUGUCCUGUAACCUGUCUUUUCCUCCAGUCAGCAGGGAUGCACUGCAGCUUAUGGCGGAGUUCCUAAGGAUCUUUGUAAUAGAGGCUGCUGUCCGUGGGGUCUUGCAGGCCCAAGCAGAGGACCUAGAUGUUGUGGAUGUGGAUCAGCUGGAGAAGGUGCUCCCUCAGCUGCUCCUGGACUUCUAGAGUUCCCCUCCUGUGGCCUGCCAUGUCUGGUGAAUCCAUGCCAGCAUCUACGUCUAGUUCCUGAGCUCUGCAGCUUCCAGAGGAUGGGAAGAUCCCAGCAGCUGUUCCCCUUCCUAGCCAUUGCCUCUCAGAGUCCUUGUGAGACAGGUGCAGGGAAAGGUGAACCAGCUGCCUCCAGACACAGCCCCUGCCCCGCCCCGCCCCACCCCACCCCCACCCUUCAUUAUAAAUAAACCAGCUGCUGGCAGUACCUCCUUCUUGCCACCCUACAUCAAAGCUGCUGUGCAGCCUUUUAACCACCUGACCCCCACCCCCAGGAUGCCUCCCUGAGCUGUAAAUUUGUUCUUACAAAGCAACAUCAAUAAAUCAACACCAUCUCUCUGA